AUGACGGCGGAUGGCUCGGCGUCUUUUCUCUCGCGGGUCGGUCGCCCCAAGGCGCCGCCGCCCAAGGAGAAGUUCGCGUCCAUCAUGGAGGGAGUCUUCGACGGCACCCUGGCGGGCCUGCGACGCAAGCCGGAGGAAUUCUGGAACGAACUCUUCCUCCUCGGGUGCAACGCGCGCGCGCUGACCGAGCUCGUGGCGUCGUCCACGCCGGAUACGCUGCACCGGCGGCGCGAGGAGAUCACGACCUUGUGUCAGCGCGCGUCGGAGCGCAUCAACGACGGCGCGCUUCUUCGACGUAGCCGUGCUCUCGAGCUGCUCUGCGUGCUGCUCCUGCAGAUCGCGAGGGCUCCGUUCCCGGAGCGAAGCCUCGGCGUCAUUAACACCUGCGCGGGCGGGCAGGAAACGUGCGACGCGUUCUUCGCGGACCUCAUCUCGCGAUGUGCGGCGUGCGCGGCGAACCACGACCUGCCCGUGGCGCUCAGGAGGCUCGCGGUUCGAUGCAUGCUGACCGUCGUGUGCGCCGUGGACGACAACGUCAACAGGAACGCGCUGGUCCAGUACUUCAUGAUCGACGACGUGUACGAGCCCGUCAUGAAGGUGCUCAUAGCGCCGGUGGACGUCCCCGGGGGAGGCGUUUCGUCCGAGACGCACGAGGACGCGACGGCUUUGGCGCACGGCGCGAGGGGUUUCGGACCCGGCGCCCGCGAAGUCGUCGACGGGAAUGGCGACGCAACAGGUGGUGACUCACCGGGCGGUGACUCGCCGGGCGAGGCUGAGGACCGGAGGAUGGCGAGGAAGGGCGCGGCGCUGGGAACCACGAAGGAGCGCUCGAUGCUCAGGGAGGAGGCAGGGUGCCUCCUCGCGCUGCUUCUGAGCUGGAGGGAGACGCGCAACGCGUACACGCUCCGGCUGAGCGACGCGGACGGCGUCGAGAUGUCGGUUAUUCUGCGAGCGGCGUGCUCGAUGCUCGCGGCUCCAGCGCGGGGGGACCCGAACGAAAGCGGCGCCGACGGCCUCACCGCCGACCCCGGCGCGUGGAUGUCCAGCGUCACCGCGAACGUCGCCGCGGCGGUGCGAGGGACGCGCGAGCCGGGCGGUUUGAUGGGUGACCUCGCGAUGCGAUUGGGCUUUGACGAAGACGACGACACGGCUGUGGUGCGCGGCGACGACGGUUCGCGCGGAUGGGAGCUCGGGCCCGGCCCGUGCGCCGCGAUCCUGCUCCUGCACGCGCUCGUGAGGGACAGCGGGUUGCUGCGCAAGCCCGUGAUCUGGCUGGAGCUGACCCCGAAACCGGACGAGAUGCUGCACGGGGUGCCCGUGGGUCAGAGGUGGCGCGAGGCGUUGGGAAGGGUGCUGUGUUUCAUACGAAUCCUCUGCCGCGGGAGGAGGAGGAGGAGGAUGAGGAGAAAGCUCCUGCCAGGAGGAGGCGCUAGAUCGUUACCGGCGGGGGUCACGGUGCCGACGGCGAUCGGGGACGUCACCGCGGAGGAGGAACAGGGCUGGUGGGACUGGCUCACCGGCGCCGCCGCCGCGGCUUCGCCGUACAAGCUCAGCGCGACGCGUCGGCUCGGGAAGUGGGUCGGAGCCGGCUCGAGGGGAACCGGCGCGUGGAUCGAACACGACGGCGAGAGCGCGGACGAGGAGUUCGCGGGGUCCACCGCGCUGCUGGCGGUGUCGCUGCUCCGCGCGUUGCUCGACGACGCCAGCGCCGCGGAGUUUUUACACGCCGUCGACGCCCGGCGACUCGCGCCCCCGGAAGAGACUCUCGGGUUCGACUCUCGGAAGUCCGGUCUCGAAAGGACCGAAGAGACUGAAGGGACCUCGAACCCGGACUUCUUCUCGCUGGCGAGCUCGCUGGGUGCCGCCCUCGGACUCCCGGUGAGUGGCGCGAGGGGGGGGGAAGGAGGCGCCUCGUCCGUUCGGAGUUCGCCGCCCGUGGCGUCCGCGGUGUUGGAGCUCCUAUCCUCGGUGCUGGCGGAGGGCGCGCCGGGCGAGCUAAAUUCCACGUCCCCCGCCGCCGUCGAAUCGCACGCCGUUUACGUCAUUCACCGUGCGCUGGAGACGCAGGUGGCGCGUGGCGGACGCGUCCUGUGCGUUCGAUGGGAUCUCCUGUGGCUCGGGCUGAUGUCCACGCUGCGGCGGUGCGCGGACGGCGGCGCCGACGCGUUGGCGUCUCCGCACGUCGCGACGCUCGUCUCGCAGUGCGUGAAUUUGAUCAAUUUCGUUUUGGCGAGGAGGGGCGCGUUGUGCCAGAGCGACGACGACGUCGUGCCGCUCGUGAACGUGCUCAGGGAGGAGGAGAGUGUGUUGGCCACGAUCGCGCACGGAGCCAGUCUGAACGGGUACCUCGUGGACGCGGCGGACGUCGCGGCGAUGGCCAGGCGGCGAAACGUGCUCGUCGACGACGAAGAUUUUCGGGAUGGGGACGUUCGCAGGGCGGGCGUUCGCAUGGAGACGGUGCACGCCGUGCAGUCGCACUUUCGAUCGUUACCGGUCGUCGCCGACGAAGUCGUGAUGCGCAAGGCGCUUCAGAUGUUUCGCGCGCCCGUCGGGGACGCGCUCGACGCGGGCUGGGCUCUCGGCACGACUCUCGGCGGCGGCGGCGGCGGGGUCGGGGCAAGGGGACGGCUGGGCGGUGACGCGGCGAGGAUGGAGCGGGCCGCGGCGAGCUCCGCGCGCGCGCUCGUCGGGGAACUGCUGGAAGGUCCCCUGGGGUCGGUGCCCGCGGGCCUGCGCCCGAAGAUUCGGGUCCCCCGUUAG